UUUAGGACUCACAACAAACCCUGAGCUUUCGGGGCUCCUCACCUGCGCACGUGCGGAGUAACGAUGGCUGGAGGAGGAGGUAGAGCGGACAUGGAGCCCCUCGGAGGAGUUCACAGGCUCCGAGAGGAGCAGGAGAAGGUGGUGAAAGACUGUGAAAGACGGAUCCAGCACUGGUCGAAGGUGUCGGGGGAUUAUGAAGCACUCAGCGAUCGUCUCAAAACGCUCCCAGAUCGACUCUCCUAUGACAUCAUGGUUCCCUUCGGCCCGCUGGCCUUCAUGCCCGGGAAGCUGGUGCGCACCAACGAGGUCACGGUGUUACUGGGGGACAACUGGUUCGCCAAGUGCUCGGCCAAGCAAGCGCAGGCGGUGGUGGAUCACCGGAUGAGCCACGUGAAGAAAGAGCUGGAGGAUCUCUCCAAGACCAGGAAGAACUUUGAGUCUCGGGUCGGGCUCGCCAAGGAUCUGGAGACCAUGUCGGCCAGUAAAGGAGAAUAUGUGGACAUCAGAGAGGAGGUCACGACCUCCGUCGUCACUAAAGGAAAGCAGAGAAUCGCUCACAAACCAAACUCCAAACCAAAGCUGGACGUCAUGUUGGACCUGAACGAGGAGGAAGAGGAGAAGGACGGAGGAAGCUCAAAAGGAGUCCUGACGGAGGAGGAGUUGUGGCGGCGGUUGGAUGAACUGGAGAGAUUGGAGGAGCUGCAGGACGAGCGGGACAGAUUGUCUGACGCCGCAGACAUGAACGGCGAGGACUCGUCUUCGUCCUCCUCAGAGGAGGAGAAGGAGGCCAGCUCUGCCCCUCCCGUCAACGGCCUGAGCCUGAAGCCCGGUUGGAGCCCCGCCCCUCCCAGCAGCACUCCACCCCCCGACCGGAAAGCCGAAGACGACGAUGAGGAGGAGGAGGAAGGCAGCCGUCUCCCCACCAUCUUCUUCUCUCACACAGUCGAACCCAAGAAGGUGAGGAUCAACACGGGGAAGAACACCACGCUAAAGUUCAGUGAGAGGAAGGAGCAGAAGGAGCAUUCGAAGAGGAAGAAGAAGAACGGCCACAGCAACGGACACGCCCACCACGAGCUCCACAAAAUCACGUCUCCAGCCGACAUCUACAGGCUCUUCGUGGACGUGAGGAACGGCGAGCCCAUCCCCAGGAAGUCCAUCCUGAAGUCCCGCAGCCGCGAGAACAGCGUGUGCAGCGACACCAGCGAGAGCAGCGCUGCGGACUUCGAGGAGCGGCGGGUGAUGGGGCGGAGCUUCAGUCACGACGAGGCCACGCACAGCGACACCAGCGACGGCAUCACGGAGGAGGACAGCCCCACCACCGUGCCCCCGCUGAGCUCCAGCCGCUUUGAGGCCUUUUCAGGAACGGUGAUCGAGAAGGACCCCAUGCCCUCAGGUGUCCCCCACCUGACCAUCGUUCCACCUGCUCUGCCGACCAUCCUGGAGAGGAAGCAGGAGGAGGUGGCGUCUGACGUCCCGGAGGCGCCGCCCAAAAGAUUGUCAAAGUUUAAAGCUGCCCGGUUGCAGCAGAAGUGACAUUUGAAGAAGAGAUUAUUCUUUCACUGGUGACACAACAACUUUUAUAUUUCCUUACUGUAACGGUGCCGGUUUCCCAGCAUUCCCCGGGGCAAACGGGCAGUAUAGAUUGGGAAGAACCCCCUUCUGUUCCUGCGUUCACGAUGUGUUUGAGCCGCUGCCCGGUGAGGCGCCACCUUCGUCUCCUUAUUAGAAGCAGGUGUGUUUUUUACCUGUAGACUCGCCCGCUGAAUGUACGUUCCUGCGUUCAGGAAGAAGAAUAUGGAUCAAAAGUACCAGGAAAAUAAAGGAAUCCAUGCCCA